AUGAGGAAGUCAAACAGUCAUGUGACCGUUGGGCUUCACAUUCCUAACAAAUACAUGGAAGAGAGAGUGGGAGUCAGCGGUAUAAGUGGCGUCGGUAAAACCACCUUGGGCAAGGCUGUUUACAAUACAACUUAUGCUAAGUUUGAUGCUUAUUUCUUUGCACAGAAAAAUACUACCCUUGUGGACUUGCAACAGGUGAUUCUAAGACGACUGGUGAAUUACCACGGAGAAGUUUCAAGUGUUGCCGAGGGAAAAGCUCUGAUGAGAAACCUAUUGCGAGGAGUUUGUGCCCUUGUCAUAUUGGACGAUGUUAAUGAUGACAGCCACUUGGAUGCGGUGAAAGGGGAUUGGUUUGGGUCUGGUAGCAGAAUCAUCAUUACAUCCCGAGACCAGCACAUACUCAAUCUUGCUAAGGUUGAAUCAGUUCUUAAAAUGAGUGGGCUCAGGGAGGAUGAAGCUCUUCAAUUGUUUAGUUGGCACUCUUUCUCGAGGGCACUCCCUGAGACCCCCUACAAAGAGCUUUCUACAGGAAUUGCAAGAGCCUGUCGAGGGAAUCCUCUUUCAUUACAAGUCAUUGGAGCAUAUUUGCUUGAUAAGAAGGAGCCCAACGACAUCCAAUGCUGGGAAGAAGCUCUCUAUAACAUUGGAGAAAAUCAAGAAAUAUCUGGAGUCCUUCAAAUCAGUUAUGAUGGACUUAGCCAUGUUGAGAAGGAAAUAUUUCUAGAUAUAGCCUGUUGCUUUGGUGGUGAAAGGAAAAAGGAUGUUGUUACCUUCUGGGAAGUUUUAUACCCAAGCAGAGUUCAAACAGUCAUCAAGAACCUUUCGCUGAAAAUGCUUAUAAAUGACUGCGACCUUCAAGAUCCCCUCGAUAUGCAUGACCUUGUGCGGGGAAUGGGAAGAGGAAUUAAGAGGACGGUGCUAAUAAUAGCAGACUGUGGCUGCCAAUGGGUGCACAUAGAGCUUUGA